AUGAUUUUGGGUGUGAAUGAGCGUGCGUGUGCGCUGGCCAAGGCACACAAGCCUGAGCACUUUGACUUGGAGCGUGUAGUGCGUCCAAAUAUCUUGGCGCUCAAACCGUACCGAUGUGCGCGCGACGACUAUCAGGACGGCAUCCUGUUGGACGCGAACGAAAACUCGCUGGGUCCCUCUGCUGUCCAUGCCGAAGAGCAUCUGCGUCUACACAGGUACCCCGAUCCAUCCUUGUAUGGCGUGCGUGAGGCGAUGACGCGCCUGCGUGGCCUGCCUCACCCCGCCUACACGUUCAUGGGGGUGGGAAGUGACGAGGCCAUCGACUUGAUCCAGCGGUGCUUUGCGCGUCCAGGCCAGGACAAGAUUCUUGUGUGUCCACCUACAUACGGUAUGUAUCAGGUGAGUGCGUGUGUGAACGAUAUUGGCAUCGUGCAAGUACCCCUGACCAUGCCGGGCGAUCCACGCGGAGCCUUUCAGCUGGACGUGCCCAAGAUCCAAGCGACGCUCGCGGCGGACCCUGCUAUCAAGCUCGUAUUUUUGUGCUCGCCAGGUAAUCCGACUGGCACUCUUCUGCCCCUGGACGAUGUGCGCGCAGUGCUAGACACGCCUGCGUAUCAGGGCAUGGUCGUCGUGGACGAAGCGUAUAUCGACUUUGCCCUCGAACAGCAAGCUAUGAAGAAGGAGCAUGGACCUCUUUCUGCCGUCUCGCUCGUACACGAAUAUGCCAACGUGAUUGUCUCGCAAACGCUCAGUAAGGCCUUUGGAUUGGCUGGCGUUCGUCUAGGGCUGGCGUUCGCCCAGCCGCCCAUCAUCCAGGUCUUGAUGAAUACCAAGGCACCCUACAAUGUAUCGACACUAGCUGCUCACGCCGCCUCCGAGGCUUUGGCUCCCGAGGGCAUGGAGCGAAUGCGAUCCAACGUACGCACGCUCAUCGAGAACCGCCAGGCGCUCAUUGAGGCCCUGUCGACGGUACCAGGUAUGGGCCAAGUCCUCGGCACGAACGAUGCCAACUUUGUGCUCGUGCAAGUGCUGGACGCGCCCAACGGAUCACCGGACAGCCAACGUGCCGAGGCCGUGUACAAGGCCAUGGCCGAGCAGCACGGCCUCGUCGUGCGGAAUCGGUCAUCGGAACUUGGAUGCGCCGGCUGUCUUCGUAUCACGGUCGGCACCGCCGACGAAAACAAGCAAUGCCUUCAGCUCCUGAGGCAUCUCCUAGCAAUGUAG